ACAGAAGGUGUCUCAUCUGGGAAGCUAUUGAUUUCAUCAAGCAGAAGGUAGUGGUCUGACAGAAAAGAAUAUGUCAACUAAUUCCAGCCAAGAUCCAUUAAACAGCACUUAUGACUAUUACUACGAGGAUGAAAUCUGUGAUAAGAGUGGAGUGGUGACAUUUGGAUCCUUUGCCAUUCCGAUUUUCUUCUCUGUUGUGAUCACACUGAGCCUGACAGGAAACAUUCUUGUCCUCAUAAUCCUGGCUUUGUAUGAAAAUCUUAAAUCUCUGACCAACAUUUUCAUCCUCAACUUGGCCGUCUCUGACCUCGUCUUCACUGUCGGUCUUCCUUUCUGGGCCAUUUACCACGUCCAGGGAUGGGUGUUUUCUGAAAUUCUCUGCAAAGUUGUGACUUUUAUCUUCUUCACUGGGUUUUACAGCAGCAUUCUCUUCCUGACCAUCAUGACCAUCUACAGAUACCUGGCUGUGGUCCAUCCUCUGUCUGAUCUCAGCACACCGAAACACUCCACCGGGGUGUUUCUGUCUGUCCUGAUUUGGAUAAUCAGCACUGGAGCAGCCAUGCCCUCCCUCCUCUUCAGCUCGAUCACCAAGGUCCACCACAAAGAUAAAGAGUCACAGGGCUGUGAAUAUAAUCAUUCCAUGUGGCAAACUGUUGGUGUCAUCCAACAGAAUGGUUUCUUCCUAGUUGCUUUUGUAGUCAUGGCUUUUUGCUACAUUCAAAUACUAGAAAGAAUCACAAGAACAAGAUCUCACACGAAGAACAGAGCAGUCAAGUUGGUAUUCUGUAUAGUUACUGUGUUCUUCAUUGGCUGGGUGCCGUACAAUGUUGUAAUCUUUUUGAGGGCCUUGCCUGCUCAUGUGGUCCCAUCAUUAAUUGAAUGUAAAGCAAGCACCCAGCUUGACUAUGCAUUUUAUGUGUGCAGGCUCAUUGCUUUCUCCCACUGUUGCCUGAACCCCGUUUUUUAUGCAUUUGUUGGUGUGAAGUUUAGGAGUCAUUUAAAGUUAAUGCUACAUCGAUUCAUCCGACGACAAAGUCCAGUCGAGGAACAACAGGUUAGAAUGCAAAACUUAGUCUCACAUGGAUCAAUGUACUAGCUGCCCAGUUCAUUUUCUUGCAUUCACUGUAAUAUAACUGAUUAUAUAAUUAUAAGUCCAGUGUGCAUUUCACAAAAUUCAUUUAAUCUACAGAAGAGAGGAACUUGUGUGUCCAUCUGUGUUAACAUUUCGUAACAUUUCAUUAUAGGAUACAGUACUUGGAUAGUUACCUAAAUGUGUGUUUUUUUUAAUGUAAAAUAAAUUUAGUCAAACAGAUGUUGCAUUUAAUACUGAAAUACUGAAUGCAUGCAAUAACUCUUUGUAUAGAACAAGCUAAUGCAGUUGAUUAGUUUAAAACCCUUGUGCUGUAAUGUUGGCAAAAAUCCCUGUAUAUAAUAAUAGUAAAGUGAUCAGCAGGUAAAUAUCAGCAAGUAUUUUACAUGCAAAUUUGUGCAUAAUUACAAUAAUCAUUAUGUCAGAAAAUCAUGUCAUAUAGAAACUACAGACAAAGUCAGUCGAUUCGUGUUUUAAGGGGUUUUUAUGCAAUAAAUACAAAUACCAGUGACCAUUUGAAUUAACCACGCUGUUUUUCUUUCUUUACACGUCUCUAUCAAACAGUAGAGUCGUGCAAUAUUAUUUUGGGGCAAUCAUUUGAGGAAGCCAAGCAAGACCUACACGUAUGUUGUUAUCUAACUGAUGCACUGUCACACAGUGUGCUCCCUCUCAUAGUGAAUAAAAAAAAGAAAGAUUUCUAACACAGUCAGGGAAUUUUUACAUUUCUAACAUUAAGGACCUCUGAGUUACAUGUAUUAAAUCACAAACUCAGUUUUAAUUAUCUGAUAUACAAAAGUCCGGUUCAUGUUUCAUUAUCAUUCAAAACUAAAUCAGCUGUUUAGUCCCAACACAACAGACUGAAAACAGCACAGAUCUUGCAGAGGCUCCAAACAACCACAGUCUAAACAGCUAUCAUAUGAUUGCUUCUCUGCUGUGCUCUGUUCCUGUGUAGUAACAACCACAUAAAAACUGUUACUUCUGACACAUGUAGCUAAAUCCUGCAAGGCAUCUUCAGUGUUUACUCUCCUUUUCAAUGCUAUUUAACAGUAUGAAAAAUGCACACAUAUAUGCAUGAGAAAAAUUGUAUCUGUAUGAUAAGAUCUGAGUAUAAUCCCAUAUUCUAGGAUUAGUUUUUCACUUGGCUUCUUCAAAACCUAACCCCCGACUACUACACUGCUAUCAAAUGGUUUCAUUUCAUUUCACUUCACUAUAUAUAUUCAUUUCACUAUAUUAACAAUAGCAAAUAGUUUUCUGUGUGGGAUUUUUAGGGGGUUUUUUUGUGUUUGUUUGUUUAUUUUUUAUUUAGCACCUCUAGUGUUUUAGUGGUUAACACCUUUGCUUAGCAGCCAAAAAAUUCAGAUUCACAAAUGAGCUUCUGGUGUAAAACUCUGCCAAAUCAAACAUAUGGAGCUAACAGCUGUGGUGACCACCUGGGGCAAAGGAGCAAAUAAAAGCUGUUGUACAUGGUUUUUAGUUAGCUGUUGUUUUUUUUGUUUUUUGUUUUUUUAAAUAAUAAUAAUAAUACUUUUGUCAAAGAGUUGAUCAGCUGAACAUUUGGACAGUUCUGUGUGUAUUAAGUAUUAACAGCCAAAGUGUAUUUUUUGUAAAUUUUUUUAAUGUGUAUCUAUUAAAGACAAACAAAAUGCAUGUU